AUGACAGCCGGGACAGUGGUCAUCACCGGGGGCAUCUUGGCGACUGUGAUUCUGCUCUGCAUCAUCGCGGUUCUGUGCUACUGCCGGCUCCAGUACUACUGCUGCAAGAAGGACGAGCCGGAGGAGGACGAAGAGGAGCCGGACUUCGCGGUGCACGCACACCUGCCUCCGCUGCACCCCACCCGCAGCCUGGUGCUCAGCAACGGGCCAGCGCUCUACCCGGCCGCCUCCACCUCCUUCAGCCAGAGGUCCCCGCAGGCCCGCGCCCUCUGCCGCAGCUGCUCCCGCUCCGAGCCGCCCGCCUUCUUCCUGCAGGAGCCGGAGGACGAGGGCGUCAGCAACGGGGGGGAGCGCGUGGCCUACAGGAGCAUCAGCCAGGAGGACGUGGGGCCGCCGCCCGGGGCCUUCGGGGGGCUGCAGGCGCUCAACCCCAACCGCCUGUCGGCCAUGCGGGAGGCCUUCUCCCGCAGCCGCAGCGUCAGCACCGACGUCUGA